AUGACGGUCGCAUUUUUUUAUAGUAUGCAAGGAAUUUUUUUGGAUAACCUACAUUUCAUUUCAGACAUUGAAAGUCUUCACAUAGACUUUUUUACAGGUUUAAACAAUGAUUUACCCUUGUCUCCUUUAUACUCAACUAUAAUGAAUCUUAAAACCCUUAAAUUGGAAUCUAUCGAAGCGUGCAUAGCGUUUAAUGUGUUAAGAAGGUUCAAUAGAUGUUAUAAUUCGUUGACAUCCAUUGAGUUCAACAAUUGUAAAUUUAACGAAAGCAUAUCAUACAAUGGAUUUGAUCAACUCACUCAGCUUCAAUCGUUUCACCUCAAUUAUUGUGAAGGAUUGACGGAAAAAAUAUUUGAAGCCUUACAAGAUAUUCCCGUCCUUUCAAAUAUUAGAACCUUGAGUGUUAGGGGUAAAAUUAUCACAGGAUUAGACUUAUUAAUUCAAAGGAUUGGUACAAAUCUAGAACAUGUCCAUUUAGAACUUAAUGGGUUUGUUGAGAGGGGAAAGGAAUAUGAAAAGGAUUCAUAA